AUGCUUGAGCAACUUCGAAAACUAUUCUUUCUCCAUCGCGUUGACACAGCUUUCAAGGAUUUCCAUAUCAGGCUUCCGGGUCGGGUUUUCUUAUUCAUAAUAUUCAAAAUUGCUUCUUGUGGCAUUGACAGGUUGACUAUCCGAUGCUUUAGAAUCCAUAGAAACUUGCUCAACAACUUUGCUUUAACUUUGGUGCCGGGCAAGGCCUACUCAUUUGACAGAAACAUGUCCUCAAAAUUGAAAAUUCCAGCUCCAGAAAUAAAACCUUCUGUACCACUUGCAUCAUCUCCAAGUGGUAAUGGUAAAGCAAAGUAUCAGCUGGACUACGGAAUUGCAGCAUUUAGGUCUCCAAAUUCCAAAACAGCUUCCACAGCUGGCAAACAUGAAGUCUCAGACAAAUAUUCUGCCAACGUUUCAUGA